UCCGCUUACGUCACGACGCGUAGCUUGUGUUGAUUGCGGAAGUGGUCUCGCGCUGUUGUUGUGGCUGUUGCUCUUUUAAGCCUCCAGGGCCGAAACGAUCGGUUCUCCCCGCUGCAUGCGGCCCUCUGGCAGCUCCAGCUUCACGGCUCGGUCAGGUCUUCCAGGUUGAGGUGUUGUCAUGGCGGACCACACCAACGUCAGUUUGCCGCCGGAGGAGCGCGUCCGCGCCCUCACCAAGAAAGGAAGUACCGUGGAGGUAAACGAUGACGUUCCACCCCGCCGGUAUUUCCGCUCAGGCAUGGAGAUGAUCCGCAUGGCCCUCAUUUACACAGAGGAGGGCAACGUGGAGCACGCCUUCGUCCUUUACAACAAAUACAUCACGCUCUUCAUUGAAAAACUUCCGAAGCAUCGGGACUACAAGACGGCCAACAUUCCUGAGAAGAAGGACACCUUGAAGAAACUGAAGGAUGUGGCCUUUCCUCAGGCAGAGAUUCUGAAAAAGGCUCUUUUGCGGAGAUUUGAAGAAGAACAUGCUCAGUAUCUGAUCAAGAAGAAGGCGCAGGAGGAGGCCAUGGCCCUGGAGCAGUCCAGGCAGCGCGCAUUGGACGCCGAGCGUGAGCGCGUGGCCGACAUGCAGCGGCGGCAGCGGGAGCAGGAGCAGUUCAGCGCCUUUGAAGAGAUGAUCCGCCGCCAAGAGCUGGAGAAGGAACGCCAGCGGGUGCUGCUGGAGUUCGCCACGCCAGCUGUGCCCUCUCCUGACACGCCUCUCAUUCCGGGUGUCCAAGGGCCCCCGCUGGUUUCCCCCACCGCGCCGCCGAUUCUGGGAGACCUUUCAGGGACCUACCAGAACAACCGGCAGCCCGUGAGCGGCGGCACGCCUGGCCCGCCCACAUUUGAUCGGUCGCUCAAGCCGGGGUCUGUGGUCACCCCUGAGAACAACAACUCCAUGGUGGACGCGCUUCGGCAGCUGGCCGUUCCUGCAGAGCUCUGCCGCAGCUUCCUGAGGUUAGCCGAGGCCAACACAAGCCGCGCCGUGGAAACCUGCGGCAUCCUCUGUGGAAAACUGACCAGAAACGCUUUUACUGUGACUCACGUCAUCGUCCCGAAGCAGUGCGGCGGGCCAGACUACUGCGACACGGAAAACGAGGAGGAGCUCUUCCUCAUUCAGGACCAGUACGACCUCAUCACGCUGGGAUGGAUCCAUACCCACCCAACACAGACGGCCUUCCUGUCCAGCGUGGACCUCCACACUCACUGCUCCUACCAGAUCAUGCUGCCAGAGUCCAUCGCCAUCGUCUGCUCGCCAAAGUUCAACGAGAUCGGUUACUUCAGGCUGACGGACCGGGGAGUGGACGAGAUCUCCACGUGUAAACAGAAAGGCUUCCACCCCCACAGCAAAGACCCGCCUCUUUUCACGCACGCCGCACACAUCACCAUCACCUCGGACAGCGUGUCUGUGAUGGAUCUGCGCUGAUCCGUUUGCUCCGACUCGGACUCUUUUAUCAAAGUACGGAGACAGACGUGGGAGACGGGAACGCAGAGCGGGAGCAGCUGUUGUCUGCCAGCAGGAACUAAACCCACAACCGGCACCUUCCAGCAGCGCCGGCCAUCGUUUGCCCCCCCCCCCCCCCCCCCCCCCCCCCCCCCCGUCUCUGCUUUUAACCGCGACGGCUAACACCCAUGAACCACACAUCCAGGUUGGUUCUGAUGGACAGACGAAGUGCCAAGGCCGGGACCCCCCCCUUUUUAGCGCUAACUCAGAUGGGCUUCAUCUUUUACACCUCAUCACUCCAGAGUGUCCUUGACCAACAGAGUUUAGGCCGAAAAUGAAACGCUGGUUGAAAUGGGGACAUGCCCCUUUGCCUCAGCUGCUUGUGGUGGGGGGCAGCUGUACCUGUUUCAGAGGACAUUUGAACGAUUAGCCAUAAUUAUCAAUAAAAUGACUACAAAAGAGGAAGUAAAAUG